ACCAUGGCUGGCUGUAUGCCAUCUUUCGAUAUGCCUUGACUUAUGGGAAAAAACCAUCGAUAGUUAUAGAAAAAACAUCGAUAGUGGGGGAAAUUGGAAAACAUCGAUACUAACGAUUAUUUUCCUGCUAUAACUCAAACAGCUGAUUUAAUUUGUGAGGUGGGAAACGUCAAUAAAAUAUUUUCUAAAUUUUCAGGGUGAUCCUCAUAUUUCUUGUAAAUUUGCAUAAAAGGUGGUAGUUAAUUAUUCAUAAAGAUGAUGUGACGAAUAAAAUUGGGAGAAUGCUCUUGAAGUUAUUAAUAUUCAUUGUGCUAGUAUUUUUACUGGCAUACUGGAUACUACCUAAAGGAAUCAGUUGGUAUUUAGUAAAAAAGUUUAGGGUAAAAGUGAGGAUAGGCGGUAUUAGCUUACGUUAUUUAGCUCUACGAAAUGUGCACGUUAGCAAAAGUGGAUUCAUGGUGCAAAUUGAAGAAAUUUGCCUACGUAGCAGCUUCUUUAACACAGAGGUGACAAAGUUACUCUCUAUCUAUAUACGGGAUCUACGCAUAAAUAAAGAUAUCCAGAGCAACGAUGGUGCUUUGGGGACACUAGGCGAUUCUGAACGAACGCAACUCAAAUCUCAACAGAAAGAGGAAAAAGAUGUGCCUGAUUUCCGGCGUGCUAAAGUUCCGCCAAGUAUUCUCACUUUUGCACAGUUUAUGGCCAUGCAUAUAAACAAUAUUUCUGUAGUUCUCAUGAAUAAUAAUUUCGAUCCGGGAUGGUUUAUUCAUGCUACAGCUAGAGAACUGCAUCUAGAUGGAAGUAUAGUACAUAACGCCAAAACAUUAUUAGUUAACGCGGCCCUUAAUGAUGCCCAGGCGAAAAUGUUACGACACUGUCCAUCACGCCGGCAAUCUUUGGAGAAUCUUAAUAAAAUUCGUCCUUGCUUAGGCGAAAUUAGUUUUGAUAUUGCUUUGGACGCCACAUUAUUUGCACAUGGACCUCUAUCCGUAGACAAACUUUCAUUAGCCAUGAACAAUGCGCGAUCUACAAUACACGGCAGCCUAUACGAUUUCUUGAGCGAAGCAAAACAACGUACCAGGCCACAGCAAAAUUUGGAAAGCCAAGUAAGAAGUACAGCCAAUUCACUGACGCAGCGACGUAAAAGUUUCAGUAACGAAUCUUAUCAAAAGAUUGCGCCUAUAAUACCAAAGAAUUUUAAUUUUGUAAUUAAGGCAGCUACAUUUUCUGCGGUUAAAGAGAAUUCUCAAAAUGACUUCAGUGCAAAAAUACAGUUGUUCAGUAUUACCGGAAAAUUCAAUUCCAAAUCAUUGAAUGAGGAUGCAAAUCUCCCAACACUAUUUACCAAAGUCCUACUACAACAUUUGGACAUUGACACCAAAUAUGAAAAGCUCCUUUUUAUUGAGCAAUUCACAAUUGAUUCAGUAUUGGAAAACGACAUCUUAAAUCUUUACGUCAAGCUUAAAACGUUCCAAAUAAUCUACAAUCACUGUGAAAUUUAUGAUUGGGUGCAUAAUAAUUUCUUGUCGCGCCAGCGUUCCAGCCCACAGCCCUUGCAGCUAAGUCAAAAACAACGUUCGUUGCCGGAUCACUUAGGCACAGAAACAUUUUAUGCUUUUCCUACCGAAAACGCUUUAGGAAGUGGCUUACUAGAGGGUAUAUUAAAACGUACAGUAGUAAAAGGUUGCGCAGAAUUUUGGAAUGUAUCAAUUCUCAUGAAACUGGAUGAUGAAAACGCCGCCAUGAGUGUUAGUCAUACACGAUUUCUUUUGGAACAAAUCGAAGAAAAACGUAGUUCUUCGUACGGAAAUAGAAUGUUGAAUUUGAUACUGAAUCAGCGCCAUUGGAGUACCGAAUUGAUGAUUGAGUCGCUGUGGUGGUCAUUGGGAAAUUCUAUAAAUGAUACUAAUAACUUAAAGAAAUCACAUUCUCCAGGCUCUCCAUUCUUUUUGGGACUUAGUUUAGUCAAACUGAGUUCGUAUGCUAGUGUCACAAAACUAGAGGUAUCCAUUCAUACAUUACGUACCGAAUAUAGUAUGAGUUUGGCUGAGUUUAUUGUGAAAUCAGUUAACUGUGUCAAACAAUAUGGAGGUCUGAAUUCUUCAACAGUUAGCGCUGGGAAACGACCAUUGCGGGGCCAAUUAGCCGGCACGAAUCCAAUAUCAAGUGGAUUACUGAUUUCUGCACGGAUUAAAGAUAUAACCGCCUAUUUUAUAAACCAUCACCAAGCGUGUUUGCUUUUAAGUUUCUCAGACAUAUCAUUAUCACGUAAGCAACAAGUAUCCAGCUUCAAAUUUGAAGAAUUUCAAAUGGCUAUUAUGCGCUCAAUGAACUCUUCAUCUCUUUGUCUCAACGACUUCACCGACAUAUUCGCAAGCUGCAAAACCGUACGCAUUGAGCAUGAAAAAAAUGAAAACAAAAUUUCGGUAUACAUUCCUAGCAAUACAGAAGGCACGUGGAACUCUAAUUUGCACAUGCACAUAUUGACCUUGGCCAGAGAUAUGAGAGAUUUAUGCACUGAACUAGCUUUACCUCAGCCCGAUCCUGAAAUGAAGUCGGAGCGUUUUCAACGACCAUGGAUUAUUGAACUAUCAGCUGAGUUGAGUACCGUUUUUGAAAUUAAGCUUUCUGAAAGGCGCACAGUUCAGUGGUUUGUAGAGAACUUAUUCUUCAGUCACAAAGAAGAAAACUUCAUCUCGGCAGAAAAUAUAUUCAUUAAAAUAGAUGAUCAGCAUAUAUUUACACUGAAAGAUAUAGAUGUACAGUCACUGGCACGUUUGGAUAUGCUGACGCAAGAGCGUGUAAAUUGUGAUGGCUUUGUGCUGCUAACCAAUAAAGUUUGGGUUACCACAAUUGGGGCAUUUAAGGCCAUCUUUCCUUACGACCAUGAUUUUUAUGAUGCUAUACAAAAUGAGUUUGUGUCGCAUUUCAAAUGGCUUAAAUUGGUACACAACUACAAAAAGAAAGCAUUUACUGCCAGCUCACCUUUGCCAAGUGAUAUGGUUAUACAAAUAAAAGAAUUUUUAUUGGAAAUCAGCGAUGAUCCCUUUGAAGUCAAGUUGCGUGAUAACUACGUUCUGCUUGUGGACGAAUAUUUAGAGGGUCUAAAACGCAAAGCAAUUUUCGAUAAAAAAAUUGCCGAGCGUUGCCUGGUUCCAGCAAGCACGAUUGAAAGUCUGUAUGCGAGUCUUGUUCAGAAAAACUCUGAGAUAUACAUUCAGCGCUCGAAAAAAAUUAGAGAAAGCGGGCCAGUCCGUACUAGAUUGCUGGCAUGGAUUAUGACAGACGUAGAAAUAAUGGCAAUGGCAGAUCCUUCGGUCCAUGGCGCUGAUAAUGUGGCCCGUAUAAUGCGUGACAUUGACUGCGAAAGCCCUUGGCCGGAAGAAGGUCUGGAGUUCACUACACUUUGGUGUCGUAGCGUAAAUAUAAGCUGUACAGAAUGGAAAUUUAUGUUACGAGAUUUUCCACAGCCAAUGUUUUACGUUAAAUCUAUGCAUCUAUUUGGUAAUUUAUGCGGAGCUGAGCAAGCAGCGUCCAAACGGGCGAAACGAGAUGUUUUCAUUGAAGUUGGCGAGCCGUUUGGCACCGAUGUAGUCCAACGCAGCAUGCCAUCUUUAAAGUUUUACCAUGACUUCGAUUGCGAGUUGGAAUUUUGUAGCUACGCUUUUGGACCCUGUUGGGAACCGGUAAUGGCACAAUGCAAUCUUAGUUUUGAGAAAAUUUCUGCGCCAUCCAAAGAUCCCAGUCCACCACUGCCUUUCUGGGAUAAAAUGCGCCUUCUCUUUCAUGGUCGGUUAACCAUGAUUGUUAAGCAAUUCACAGUUCUAUUGCACGCUUCGCUGGAUCCCUAUAAUACGACAGAAGAAAUGGAGUUGACAUGGAACAAUGCUGGCAUUGUAUGGACAAAUGCUAAAAUUAUGUUCAAAGGCGAAUUAAAUAUUACAGUACGUACCGCAUCGCGUUACGAUGAUUGCCGUCUAUUACACUUUCCUAACUUGAAAUUGACCUUUAAGCUGAAUUGGGUUUGUUUGGCGAAUCCAAACGAUCAUCACGCGGUUAUGCCUUGUGCGCCGGACAAGCUGCCAGAAUAUUCCAGCAACCAGGUUCAUGAUUCCUUCCGUGCCUUUCGUUCACUUAACUUGAAUAUUUGGAUUUCUUUUGAAACAAAACCGAAGCCUGGCGAGGAGGUGGAAAUCGACAUUCCCAGCUUGGUUCUAUACGGCAGCACUCUCCGCUGGUUCGAGAGCCUUAAGCUGAUUCUAUCAGGCGUUACCCGUCCAACCCGACGCGGGCCGGUAUUUAAUAAUGUGCGCCCUCGAAAAAAGCAACUCAGUCGACAUUACAAAAAAGCAAACUUGCAAAUGAGUUUGCAUCGUUUCCAAGUACUAUACUGGAUGUCUCAUGCCCUGCACAAGGGUUUCCAAUUGAAUGGUGGGCGUGUUUCUUUUAGCUCGGAAUAUUGUUUAUCGUUAAAUCCCAUUGACGAUGGACUUAUUCAUAGACCGCGUGCUGAUUGGUCCACUGUGUAUAUGAAUUGCGAAUUAAACGAUGCUGAAAUAUGGUUGAAGAGUAUACUUACUGAGAAAUUAGAUAGCAGUUCAGAGAACCUAGCAAGUGUGGGGGAUGCCUUCAAAAUAGUGAGAUUCUACUUUUUAAGCGUGGCGAAAGUUUCAUAUGGUCGAGAGGCGCUCAUACAAACCGCAAAUAGCCAAGAGGAAGAGACAAAAGCAAAAAAUACAACGCCCACGCAUAAACUGGUCGUUUACGACCUUAAGGGCGCAUGGACCAAAAAUAAUCGUGACGUUGCGUUUGCGCUCUUUGAUUCUUUCAUGAAGUCACAGAAGCUAAAGAACAAUUUGUCGACGGAAGCUGUAAAAAGCUAUCGCAAAGAGACCAAUUCCAAUGUUAUGAAAAACAAACGCAGCGAUAGUACAAUAACUCUCACAAAUAACCAAACCGAAGUACUACCAAUCACAAGUACCAACAGUGCAAUGAAGAAGGUGCAACCGGCCAGCCAUGCUACAGCGAUGUUGCAGCAAUUAAUAGCUGAAGCUGAUCACAAAUUCAAUGUUUAUAGCGAUGAUCAAAGUACACAGUCGCGGGAAUUGCAGCUACAGGGUUUGCAGGCCUGCUCAGCUCAGGAUGUGAUCCACGAAAAUUGGUCAAUAUCACUGGUCAAUUCUCAAGUGCUGCUUAAGGGAUGCGAGACGUCUGGCUACGUAAUCAUUAGUGCCGCCAAAGCGGAGAUUUUGCAACGCGUUCACCGCCCAGUCUGGCGGGAUAGGUCACUUGUGUCCAAAACGACUUGGAAGGGCCUGCUUGAAUGUAUGCAGUAUUAUGCCACAGUUAGCGCUGGAGAAGAUGACUCCCUACUUGAAAAGGAGAUCAUGUGGCUCACCGUGGACAACAUUCAGGUAUUCUACUCAAAAAUAUACUUUAAAUCAGGGCUCCAAAGUUUACAGUCGUGAACGAGCAACUCGCCACGUAAAAAUGCAUAUUUCGGAUUAUGACAGUCGUGAACGUACUGCUCGUUGUUGCUGUU